CGAAAACUGGUUGCUCCACGGAACGGAGCAACACGACGGACGUAGACGUAAUGGUCGCAACGACACGGGCUUAAUUGUGCUACAACUUUCGAGUCGUUUGGAGCUGUCUCGCGUUGCCCAACUGUGCAAUCGCUCUCGCCGUCCAGCCUUUCUCCUAGCCGACACGAUUUUACAGAAAACGAUCAACCACCAUGAGUGACGAGUGCGAUCCGUGCGAGUACAUGUGGAAUUACUUGUCCAUGCAACAUCUGCUGUCUAUCUUACGACGGUCACAGGACUAUUGCUCCGACACCGAGUGUUUCAGCGUGUCGAGAAUUCCAGGACCGCAGGCGCCAGUCCGAGAACCCUCAGACUUUCUCUUUACCUGCAUCAUCCUCACCGUCAUUGUUCUCAUGUAUGCAUUUAGAACAAGACUGACCUCGCCACAAUCAUCUGGACACACCGUCAAGAACUAUAAUGAACCCGGCUCACAGAAUGGUCCACCUUCACCACCUACAGGAAAUUAAGGAGCGCAAUAUAGAGUUGGUAAUAUCUCGUUAUUGAAAGCUUUUAUACCAGGAUCUAUGCUAGACUUAUAAUAGAUAUAGAAGAAAUUAUAUAAACACAAUAUUGAGGAAAGCAACACAUCGUUACUCGUAUCUCUCGUGUCAGUGGGAUAUAUCGGUGUGAUAUAUAAAGAUCUGCUAAUAAUAUGUUUUAAUUAAUCGUAAUUUUGAUAAAACGCACGCACAUGCAUUUUAAACUCUCUUUUCUAUUACGAAAUGUCUGGAUUACCGCCAACAUGAUAUAAUGCCCAAGUACUUUUUACUAUAAUCUUGACAUUCACAUCACAUAACACGAAACUUUUAUCCAGAUAUGUUUGUCUUUCUCUAGUAGUAGUAAUAGAGUGGCUUGUGCGGAUCAUACUAACAAAGCAAUGAAAUCCGCGAACGUGAUAAUAAAGAUGUAUUAUGCCCGAGCAUGUAUGUAUGUAGAAUAUUGAAAUCUCUAUCGAUGAUAAAAAAAAUCAAGUACCUGCAAAUAGAUAGUCACGUAAUAAAAUUAUUUGCUGGAUUAUUUAUAUUCUACUUCUGAAAAGAGAAUAUUUGAACGUAUAUAAAAAGUAAUUUAGUGCGUAAAGAAUCUCUGGUGUGUGAUUAUACUGAUAUUGUCGUAAAACACUGCCGUGCAAGUAUUUAUUGUAAAUAAUACAGUAUUAGCGAAAUAAUAAUUGAGAAUUUGGAAUCUAUACGAUUCAUCGAGAAAUGUAACGUGAGAACGGUAUUUACACUUUUAUAAUGCAAUUAGAAUAAAAAAUCCAAAUAUAUAUAUGCUUGUAGCUUUUUUCAACGCUACAUUGAGUUUAAAAACUUCAUUUUUUGGUGAAAUUACCUUAUUAUUAUUACGUUAUUACUUUAUUUAAUUGAAGUGAAGAUACUUUGUCACGUUGAAUAUCUUACGUAAAUCACAGAUUUACUUAUUCGAUAUUAUCACGGACAUAACGAUUAUAAUAACAAUUAACAGUAUUUCACACCAAUUCUUCCGAUACAUACAUAGUCUAUGACAAAUGUUUUAUAUCAACAAGAAUAUCUAAUACUGUACAUUCCUCAUAUUUUCGAUAAUAAAACUUUUAUUCUCCACGC